GAUCAGAGAACUGAAGAAACAAGAAGAAUGAAGACUACGCUGGCAUUGACGGUGCUGCUCGGUUGCCUAACAGCGCACUUUGUGGUGAAUGCAUGGAGUGUGGUGAAUACUGAAUAUGAAUAUCAUCUUAUGAGGUUACAUCUUAACUGCAUUGCUGAGAACGGGUUAGAUUUAGAUGGUCAUGCAUACCUAUAUGACUUAGUACACGGCAAGGAGAAUCCACCCGAGACCACGAACAAGAUCAAGUGUGCCGCAAAGUGCUUGUUCCUGGUACAUGGAAUAAUCUAUUCGAAUGGAAAUGUGGCGCCCGUUUAUAAGAGAGAUGAGCAUACUAACGCUUUGGAGGAGUGUGCAAGACGUCAGAAGAAAACUUCAAAUGACUGCGACAGUGCGUACCAGCUCUACCACUGCUGGGUGGGCCCAAUUAAAUAAGAACUUUUGUAGUUCAAUUAAAGCAUAUUCAUAUAUGGUACAUAUGUAUUAAAUAUAUAAGCUUUAUGUU